AGACAGAUGAAUUCGUACAUUAACAUUCAGUUUCAAAGAUCUCUUUUUACUUUGUAUAUUAAAAUGAUUUUAUUAAUUUUCGGGUAUAUUUUUGUAAUUGGACUGCUUAAAGGUGGAAUUGUUAUUUGUAAAAUUCAAACUGACACAAUGAUUCGUGAAAAGGACUCACGGUUAGUAAAUGCGAUUUCGGACGAUCAAAAAUAUACAGCCAUUUCGUGUAUCAAUAAAUGUGUGCUGUAUACACCUCAAUGCCGAUCUGUGAGUUUCAGUCACAGCGAAAGACGAUGCUUGCUACAUAUGGAUCACCCACACAGUUCCACAGCUCAGCUGACUAGCGCUGCUGGGUUUUCGCUCUACUACUCCUUGACCGCUGAAUGUGACGAAGGCUGGGAAAGGUUUGAGACUAGGUGUUAUAUGUUUGUUACUAACAAACUGUCAUGGGUACAAGCCGAUACAUUUUGUAGAGGCAUGGACUCAAACUUACUUAAAGUUGACAACGAGGCAGAAGAUACAUUUGUGCGGGAUAAAUGUGCAGAACAUGGUAUGGGAUUUUAUUGGAUUGGUGCCCGGUUCUCGGACCAGUAUAAUGAAUAUAGAUGGUAUGACGGUACAGGUAUCAGCUAUAAGAACGGCUGGGGACAAGGCCAACCAGACGCUACAGGUGGAUGUGUAGACAUGUUGGGAAAAUGGGGCUUUGCUUGGAACGAUCAUAAGGAUUGCUUUUCAACAUAUGGUGGCAGUAUCUGCGAGAAAGGUCUUUUCGACUAGACAUAUUACAUAGUGUAUUACGUCAAGGUCAUGCCUGGACAUCUGAAUGAGGCUUUGGAAACUUACAAAGGUUAUAAUAAUACGGUAAUAAAGACGCAGAUGAUUUUUUCCAACUAAUAGGCCACUUUGUAUGUGUGUGUGUGUGUAUGAGUGGAGACUUAAACAUCGACUCGGUUAAGUUGAAUUUAGUUAAAUUCGUGAAGUUGAAAUCGUGCAUUCAUGAAGUUGACAAGUUGAAAUCGUGAAAACAUGAAGUUGAAAUCGUAAAAUCGUGAAGUUGAAAGCGUGAAUUCGUGAAG